AUGGGUGCAACUUCCGAAGGCUUCGGUCCUGGGACCAUCAAGGCGACAGGGAUUGCAUUGAUUAUACUCACUUCACUUGUGGUCCUGGUGCGAUUCAUUGGGUCCGUACGGCGGCCGAAGGAGCUCAAGGCAGAAGAUUAUCUUUUGGUUAUUGGGUAUAUCUUCUUUUUGGAGUUGAGCAUCCUGUACAUCUAUAUUGCGCCAAUCGUGUUCUUUGUCACCACCUCUUCGUUAUGGAUUUGUUUGUGGAUGGUCAAGUUUUCGCUCCUUUCCAUGUAUAAACGGCUAUUGGUGGGGAAGCAGUACCUUCUCGCUUGGUGGGCAAUCGUGAUACUCUGCAUUUUGUUCCUCAUCGGCUGCAUUCUAUCAUCCUGGUUCUCUUGCGAGAGUUUCCAUGCUUGGUUCACGGCCGGGGAAUGUGGUACGGCGCGCGACCAUCGCGCCGCCCGGAUCAGUUUAUACUUCGCCUACGCGGUGGAUAUCCUUACUGACUUGGCCAUUAUGGCUUUGCCCCUGCGUCUCAUUUGGAACUUACGCAUGAAACCACGACAAAAGCUGAGUAUCGGAGGUUUAUUUUGCUUCGGCUGGGUCUGCAUCAUCGUCUCCACCAUCCGCGUUGUGAAGCUUGGUGAAGGCACAGAAAGUGGCGUCCCAGCUCCCUCAUGGCUAGCCCUCUGGGCCACGAUUGAAGCAUCAAUUGCCGUCAUGAUAGGAUGUUGCCCGGGGCUUUAUCGCGUCAUGAAAACAGUCCUUUCACCCAGCAAACACUCCUACGAUUACAACUCCUAUAACAUGCGUGGCCGUAGAGGUAGUGGCAUGCCGUCAAAUCGAUCGGGACCCAGAGGGGCGGAUAUUGCUCUCAACAGUUUCGUGGGGAAAUCGGAUGACAUAUACCAGUCUGCGAGCGCAUACCGAUCCUCAAGCCCGGCAAGCAGUCAAGAAAAGUUGGCUCAGCCUAGCGAAAGAGGGAAUAUUAUGGUUAACUAUGGUGUUGCGGUGACGGUCGAGAAUCGGCCGAGUGACUAUAAUCGGCCACAGCAAUUUAACUCCGCCUCUCAUAACCCAAUUGGUCUUUCGGUUGGCAACCUUACCGAGCCACCACCACCAGUUGAUGAUGAUACGAAGAGGAAGGUUGCCGAGGCUGCAGAGAAGGAUCCGACGGGCCAAAGUGAAGGGGGCCGGAGCAGAGAGGAUGCAGAAAAAACGGAAGAGACCUUGGAUCUCGAGCGUGAGCGUGCUGAAACAGCGACGAGGUUCGCCCAGACGAACCACUAG